AAUAGCAGCAGUUUUGUUUUUAGCAUUUUGUGUUUAUAGUUUUGGUUCAUUCCAUGUAGUCUUUUUUGGGAAAAAAUGAAUAAGUUUUAACUUAUUUUACUAGGUGUGCAUCAGAACUUCAACAUAUUCUGGGAAAAUGACAUAUGGAUUUUAAACCUCCAAGUCCACGUGAUGCAGUAUAGAUUCGAACACGCGUCGUUUGACUCGUCAUUCUGCGUAAAACAUAGGAUAAAUGAGGCUCAUAGAACUGAAUGAACUUGACAUCAAGAUCUCCACGCAUUAAAUCGGCAUCAUGGUGGUGGUGCUGAACGGCGUACUCGCUGACGAUUGCCCGACGUCGGUGCGGGCUUUGCUAGAGGCGCAUCCGGGGUACAGAGAAGGCGCCGCGCAACUGUUGACCGAGACGGCGCGCGUUGUGGGACCCGCGGGCGUUCUUUACGUCGGACAGAGAGAAAUGGCCGCCGUUGUGCCGCAUGACAAAAACGUGAAUAUAAUCGGUUCAGAUGACGCGACAUCGUGUAUUAUAGUAGUCGUCAGGCAUUCAGGAUCAGGGGCCAUAGCGCUGGCGCACUUGGACGGUUCGGGUACGGCUGAAGCGGCUGCGGCCAUGGUGUCCAGAGUCCAGCAGCUCGCAGUCGGAUAUCCUGAGGGUAGACUGGAGUUGCAAGUGAUCGGCGGCUUCACGGAUCCGCAUAGAUACUCCGACGAGCUUUUCGCUAAUAUUAUGUUAUCAUUCCAUCGUCUAACGGUAGAGAUAGACCUGACAUUGGCGUGUUGCUGCGAGCUGAACACGCUGCCCGGGGGUCUGGCGCCUCUCGUGACCGGGGUCGGCGUCGACAUCCGCGCCGGGGAUCUCUUCCCGGCAACGUUUCCGGAUAAAGGUCCCGAACUUCCGUUGCGAGGGGCGAGAACUAUAACGAGCGGUCCGCAUUCGGCACAGGUCUUAGACAUAUACGAUAACGCUGUGGGUAUGCUGCGCGUCGGCCCGUUCAACUACGACCCCCUGCGAGGAGUCGACCUCUGGCUCGAACAGUCUGAUGAGUUCAUUCUGCAGCACCUAAGCACGACGCCGGCCGUCGAGCCGCCGCAUUUCGUUCAUAAUAUCCGGAUGACGCUGAAGUUCAUCCAGCAGCAUCCGUUUCCGGCGGUGACCGUGUUCCCGGAUAACCGGCCGCACUUCUACCGCCGCGACGAGCACUCCGGUUGUUGGAUAUCCGUUCGUUACUAACUACCCUGCUUCUUGAAUAAUCCUACUAAACCUCUCAAGGGAUAGUCUUCGGUAUUCUUCUUAGUUAUUUAUGAAUAAUAAAUUAUUGUUUAUUACAUAAAAAAAAUGUGGUGCAAAAACUGGAUCCAAUAUAAGAGUAUUUGCUGUGGAACAAGACAGGAUCUUAUAAGGCCGUCUACUAAUUGCGAUGGAGGCAUUAAAAUUAUUUAUUAUAGUGGUACGGUCGGCAAAAAAAAAUGUUUUUUUGUAAAACAAUUAAUAAUAUUUGGUCUUUUCAUACCCAUACUAAAGUCAUUGCUUUAUGUGACUCAAUCUGCUUAAUAUAUACUAGGUUAUAUAUAUUUCAUAUUAUUUGUCAAUUCCUGUGAUGAAAAUUUCACUAAACAUUACAUUAUUAUUGUUGUUGAAAUAAACUGUAACAUGUAACAAAAAAAUGUUUUAAAAUUCUUAUAAAAAUCCAUACAAAUGUUGAGAUUUUAAUUCAUCCAUUCACAUUCCGCCUUCAGGUUUCCUUACAAGCAAACUUCCAUUCUAAAAAUCAAGAAACCAUAUUAAAAUGGAUUAUCUUAUCAAAUAGGUAUAGCUUGAUUUCACGACACAAGAAGCGGCAAUCUAAAGCAAAGUUGGCAAAUUCCACUGCGCGUUAUACCAGGUCAUUGACCUCGAGCGAUUGUCAAUUUAAAUACUUUAGUAAAAAUAAUUACAUUUUGUUUAAUGCUUAAAAUCGAAAAUUGAUGACUCUACUUGAAAUUGUGCUCUCUCAUACGUUAUUAAAUAAACAUAUUAAACAAAUUGGUUGAACACCAAAGCGUUCGUUGGAAAAUUAAUUGUAUUUUUAAUCAAUUUACCUAUCCCUUGAGUGAUUAGAAGUUGUUCGAUAAUAAUAUUUUCGUUUACUAUACGAAUAUACUUAGUGCGAGUUCUUUAACUUCUCGAUCGCGUAAAAGUUAACUCUAAUUUGUAUGGAGUUGGAACAGUUUCUCUUCGUUUGCCGCUAGGGGCGCUCGUCCAACUCCAUACAAAUUUGAGUUAGCUUUUACGCUAUCGAGAAGUAAAAAAAUUCGGACUAAGCAUAUAAGGAUCAUACGGCGUGGCGUCGGAUACGUGGAUUUUGUUUUUCGAUAAAUGUGCUGUGAAAUUUUUAAUCGAUAAAAUGACAUAUUUGUUUGUUAGGCCCCUUGACUAUUUUUAAGGAAGUAAAAUCGUCUCCGGCCUAUGUUAUAGGGACGUCAACAAUAAUAAUUUUACAUUACGAGAUGCCACAAUAGGUGCUUGUUAUAAUUGUUUAACAAUGUUACUUGAAGCUCACUCACCUUGAUACUGGAGUCUCCUUUAACUUUCUAUUUGACGGUGUUAAAUUAAUUAAAUAGUUACUGUUUAUAAACUAAUUAUGUAUUACUAAUAAUUGAAUUGUCGAUACAUAUUUAUUUUAUAGGGAAGGUUAGGUUUACGUUGUUGUUUUGUUCGACGCUAUUCGUUCUAAUGAAAAUUAUUGGGACAGAAAAAUGUGACUACGAUGAUAAUCUAGACAAUGUUAAUUAUUGAUUCGGUAAUGACUUCAUGAAAUGCAUAAACUAUAUAAUUUGAAUAUAGUCAAGAAAACGUUAACAAUUCGUUAAAUCCAAACGAAAAAUAAUUUGUAUUUAUAAAUAUAUCGUUUUUAAUUGUCAUGACACUUCGAGCAUCGUAUUUUGUGUCAGAUUUACAUUGGUCCAGUGAGUAGUGACGGCAACAUCAAAUUUGUUAAUUGGUGACACAACAGAAUAAUGGUGGUUCUAAUAAAAACUUUAUGUUCAUAUUAGCUUCUCUUUUUAAUACCUAAGAGUUUUGUGUGUGCCAGCCAGUGUUGUGUACAAUUAGACUCUGUCGGCAAGUUUACUUGUCAAAAACUACGUCUAAUUUCGUUCGGAAUUUGUUUUCGGUGGGGCUACCACAGUAUAAAAUCUAACACUGACAAAGCGAUUGUAUCCAACAUGACUCAGUCAGCCACUGGAUCAUUGUAGAUCAGCCACUGGUGGAUUUUGUCAGAGGACUUACACGCAUUGAAAA